GGCCGCAUAAUCCGCAUCUUCAAGUUACGAAACCAUUCUAACCAGACCAUUGAAAGCUCCAAACGCAAUAUUACACAACAAUGCUACCACGAUAGUUAAAAUGGCAAAAGCCAAAUCGCACAGCAAUCGCAGAAAUGGCGAAACUGCAAGUCAUAAUCCCGAAGAAGACAUCGGACUUCUCGCAGAGGAAGCAGGAAGUGAAGAUGAGGAUAUCAUAGUUCAUUCUGGACCAGGAGAACAAGGACAGAGUCAGGGACAUACACCUCGAACGCCUAACCGUGUACGAUUUGAUUUACCUGCUUCACAAAAUGGGGAGUUGGAUACGCAUAAUAGAAAUGGAUCGCAAGGAUAUGAUGAGGAAUUACAUGCGCAUCCCUCAUCUGGAACCGGAUCUUUCACACCACUCCUCACAGGCAUUGAAGCGCCCUCCGUAACCGUCGCACCUAGUCCCUGGACCGACGACGAAGAUGUACAUACAUGGGCUGAACGUGAGCGAUCGCGUCCGAAAUCCAAUCUGCGGAAUGCAUUUAUGAAUAUGGCGAAUAGUAUAAUUGGAGCGGGUAUCAUUGGGCAACCUUACGCAUUUCGUCAAGCGGGUCUCUUGACUGGAGUUAUUCUUUUAAUUGCUCUUACAAUAACGGUGGAUUGGACUAUUCGACUUAUUGUCAUCAAUUCAAAAUUAAGUGGACGGGAUAGUUUUCAGGGGACGGUGGAGUUUUGUUUUGGGAAGACGGGCUUGAUUGCUAUUAGUGUUGCGCAAUGGGCUUUUGCGUUUGGAGGAAUGAUAGCUUUUUGUAUUAUUGUAGGGGAUACGAUACCACAUGUUUUGAGUGCGGUCUUUCCAGGAUUGAGAGAUGUACCGGUUCUGGGGUUAUUGGCGAGUAGAAGGGCUGUUAUUGUAGUUUUUGUGUUGGGUGUAAGUUAUCCUUUGAGUCUGUAUAGGGAUAUUGCCAAGGUACGUUUUCUGAGCACAUGCUCUAGAGGUUAUGCUUACUCGAAAUAGCUGGCGAAAGCGAGCACUUUAGCGUUGAUCAGUAUGAUGGUCAUUUUGUUCACAGUAGUAACACAAGGGUUCAUGGUACCCAAAGAAGACCGAGGGGGAUUCACCACACCACUCCUCACCAUAAACGACGGCAUAUUCCAAGCCAUUGGCGUAAUCUCCUUCGGUUAGUCCGCACCCCCUUGCCAAUCUUCACCCAAGCCAACUAACCCCUUCUCUCCACACAGCCUUCGUCUGCCACCACAACUCCCUCCUAAUCUACGGCUCCCUCCAAACCCCCACCAUCGACCGUUUCUCCACGGUCACACACUACAGUACCUUCAUUUCUAUGGUCGCCUGUCUUCUCAUGGCCCUUUCGGGUUUCCUAACAUUCGGCUCCAAGACCCUCGGCAACGUCCUCAAUAAUUUCCCCUCCACAAACCCCCUCGUCAACCUCGCCCGUCUCUGCUUCGGCCUCAACAUGCUCACCACCCUCCCCCUCGAAGCCUUCGUCUGCCGCGAAGUAAUGCUCAACUACUGGUUCCCCGGAGAACCCUUCAACAUGCAUCUCCAUCUCAUAUUCACCUCCUCACUAGUCGUCAGCGCCAUGAUGCUAAGUCUAGCCACGUGUGAUCUCGGUGCCGUUUUCGAGUUAAUCGGCGCAACGAGUGCCUGUGCCUUGGCAUAUAUCUUACCACCAUUAUGUUAUAUUAAACUCACGACUAGAACGUGGAGAACGUGGAUGGCAGGCGCCUGUGUAGCGUUUGGGGGAGCAGUUAUGAUUAUUAGUCUUUUCCAGGCGUCGAAGAAGAUGAUUAGCAAUGAAGGCGGGGUUACUCGAUGUGAUUGGUAGGAUAGAUAUCUAGAUGUGUCUUUAAGAUACUAGAUGAUUAUACUGUAGAAUAUGGAAGAUCUUAUAAUAUCAUCCUUACAAUCCUUUCCCAAACAUUUCCUUUCUUUUAAGCUGCUCUCCUGCAACCUGAUUUCA